GUGCAUGUUGGCGAUCUCAAUCCUGGCACAAGAUAUGAAGUCCGAGUUGCGGCAUUGCAGAAAGAUCCUAGUGGAGAAGAAAGGGAAGCAUAUUCACCGUCGAGCUAUAUAACAACAACGGGAAGAUCACCGAAAUCGGCUCGUCUGUGGUGGUUGCUACUGAUCCUUCUGAUUCUGCUCCUGCUGCUUUGCAUUCUGUGCAUGAUCUGUGUCGCACUUCGACAUCGUGGUCAGAAUUACCCCGUAUCUCAGAAGGAGCGCGAACAGGGUCGUGAGCCGAUUCUCGCCAAGCAGCAUUUUGGCGAGUAUAAGAAGUAA